CUCAUUUUAACCCAGCAAGUUUUCUUGUUUUGGUCCUCUUUUAAACCUCCAGCGUGCCCUCCCCUCCCCACUCUAUAAAUAAUAAUGCCUGUCCCAUUUGAAGCAUUUAUUCCUUUCGGCAUUAUUGCCGCUAUGUUCACCGUCACUGGUACCGGUUUGGGUACCGUUAGAUACUUCGCGAACGGCCACAAGCCCGCUCGCUUCAAUGUCGAUGUCUUUGAUAAAGCCAUGAUGGAGCGCGAUAGACGUCUUACUGGCUCGCUCCGUGGACAAUCGACAGAGCCUGUUGCACCUGCUGCAUUUGCUACCAACAGGUAAAAAGAUAUUUUUUUACUACUAUCAGGGUUGCUUGCUAGCUAUUAAUGUGCUUAUCUAUCUA